AUGACAUCGCUAAUACCAGUCAAGCGACAUGCUAGCUGUGCUAUAAACGUUUCGAAACGCUGCAACGUGUUGACUGUUAAAGCGUUUUCUCGCUUUCAAGAUACAGAAUGUCAUCUUGCCGAAACCAAGAAGGAACUGAACCUCUUGAUUCAGAACCUGGGGUUUCCAAGCACAGUCUUACCGGGAGACCCUCGGGCCAAGUCCGAAAUAGAUAAGGUACUGCAUCGGCUCGAGGCGCUCACACCGGCACCGGAACCGCUUUUAUGGCAGCAGCAACCGGGCGGCACCCCAGGAAUCUCUCCACUGCUACUGGGCGAGUGGGAGCUCUUGUACGCCUCCAACGGAAUCCUCGUCACCCGCACCGCGCCGGCGGAACUCCUCCGCCUCGCCAGCCGGCUGCCGGGUGUCGGCCUCAGCGACAUUACCCAGACCCUAGCUCUUAACGAGGCAGAUGCCCUUGUGGCGAGCAACUCGGCAGUGCUCGGGUUCGGGCCGAUGGGCUCUUGGAAAGUGGGCAUUGAGGGAAUCUGGCGCGAUUCGGGCGACGGGAAGACCGCCAGGGUCCUCUUUGACCAGGUCAGCAUCAAGCCCGUAUCCGCGAUGGGUCUAGCCGCGCCCUCAUGGCUGCCGCCGCUCCGACUGGCCAGCGGGGGAAGCUCAGGCCCAGGGGAGGUCCGCGCGGGGGCCAGCUGGACGACCACCUUUGUGGACCGGGACACGAGAGUGGGCCGUGGCAGGGACGGGGAGGCCUUUCUGUUCCGUCGCAAGCCACCACAGUAAAACCAGCAGCCGUAGCCAUGGUGGGCAAGUUCUAGCGGCACCGGCAGCUUCAGCAGCACACACGCAGCUCUUGCAACAAGUGCGAUUUGAUAGACAGAAGUUUGGGCAGUGAUUGUGCAAUAAAUAUGGGGAUGAAUGGCGGGCGGCCACAAUAGGAGUACGGGAGCGAGUGGGAAGCGCUUUGGAUGAGGUCUGGACGGUUUGGAAAUUGACAGGAGGACUACGGAAUGCGUGUAGGUUUUCCUUUCCCAGUGGUCCGUGUGAUUGCGCACCCAAUAAAGUUGGGGGAGUGUUGGAAGGAGGAGUAUAAUAAUGCGAGAGCACACCGACUGGGCGGUGUCCCGUCUCCCGCCCCGGGGGCGUCAACCUUGUGUGCAUGUGGCCAUGCGC